AUGGUAGAAACAAUGGAAGAGAAAAUAAAAGAUACCAUUAAUUCCAACUUUGAAGAUAAUAAAGACGAAUUGGUAAUCAUUGUAAAUGAAAAUAAUGAAUUCGAAGAAUUGAAAACGAGAAAAAUUAUGAGAACUCAAAACUUAUGGCAUAGAUCGACAUCCGUUUUUGUUUUCACAAAAAUAAAUGAUGAGUAUUUUAUUUAUGUACAUAAAAGAUCGAAAAUAAAGGAUUAUUGUCCAUCAUAUUAUUCCAUUGGCUUUGGUGGAGUCGUGUCAGAAAAUGAAAGUAUGCUGGGCAAUGCAGUCAAGGAACUAGAAGAAGAAAGUGGAAUAAUCAAAAAACCUGAGCAGCUUUUCGAUUUGGGUGUGGUUAAAUGCGACACAGAAUGUUCUAGAUCAUUCGUAGGAUGUUAUGUUGUCUUCAUCGACCCCGAUUUCCAAACAAUCCCUCAAUUAAAUGAAGUUGAAUUUAUCACGCGAAUACCUCUGGACGAAUUCGAUGACUUUUUAAAGAAGGAAAAAUUGACAAUUAUAACAAGAAGUGUGUAUAACCACUUUAAAGACAAAUUAACAAAAUCUUCCUUGGAUGAAAUAUACAAGAAAAUCAACUAA